AUGGAGCCAGUAGCCGCACUUACUAACGAUAACAACGACCUGUCCUCUGACCAACCCUCCGUUCCGGAUCAACAACCGAGUUCAGAGAAUCCAAACACGCCACCCGAUGCCGACAAAUCAUCUGAUGUACCCAAAGCCCGCUCCACAGCCCCCAAUGGCCCUGCGAAACGAGGCAUUGCUGCCGCAAUCGCUGCCUUUGAAAAAGGCACAGGCGAGAAAACCGCUUCACCCAAGGCCAGUCCUGCCGCCAUAAUGAGAUCCACUCCAGCUGUCUCACACUCGAAGGAGCCUUCGCAUCCAACCAAUAAUGACACUACCGCCAAUCAGACUUCUGUAGUCAAACCGGCCCCCGCAAUCAAGAAGGAGCCGACUACUGCUGUCAAGAAAUCCGAGCCUGUACCUGCUAACAAAGCUCAUCCACGCACUUCCACCACCACCACCACCACCACCACCACGACAACCAAACCAUCCGCUCGAGCUGCUGCUUCUACUCGACCUGCGCCUGGUCGGACAGCCACUAAACCAUCUGCUACUACAGCUGCUUCCCCACCAGUCGGGGCGGCUUCUCGUAGGACAAGCAUAAUUUCAACUGCUACCCGAGUGCCACCUAAGACGACUACGACCAGUGCCGUUGCUGCAGCAGCCACCGCUCGAAAGCUUCCAUUGAACAACACGGCUUCAACUGGGUUACGAAAUGCCCAAAGCACCCUUGCACCCGGAAGGAAACUAUCCACUGCACCUUCCGCCACGAUUGGAAAGACCGCUGCUGCAAAACCCGCCGCUAAUGCUUCUAGCCAGGCUACUGCAGAAUUGGAAAGCAAGCUAUCUCAAGCCGAGCUCAAAUUGGCUACGCAGUCCGAGGAAUUGGCAACCCUUCAAGCCCGGUUGGAAGAAGCAACGAGGAGUUCGGCUGCUGAACAAGAAAAAUUAACCGUCGAGAUCCAGUCCCUCAAUGCCAAGUUAGAGGAAAUAACAACCUCUUCCCUAACCGAAGCCCCUAGCUCUGCUGCUUCACUUGAUACAAUAAAAUCUGAACUCGAAACUGCGAAAGCUCGGGUCGUAGAACUCGAAGGUGUGGUUGAGUUGCAUCAAAAGGAGCGAGCAGAUUUAGAUAACCGUCAUCAAGAGUCUUCGGCUGAGGUUGCACGGCUCACAGAAUCUGUUAACGGGUUAAAACAGCAAUUGGACGAAGUCAUUGCUUCUAAGCAGGCUGCGAUCGAUGAAGCUUCCAGUCAUCACCUCAAUCAAUUGGAAUCUAAACUGGACGAAGCUCGAGUCGAAUUUGAGGCCCAAAAGUCCGCCCUUGAAUCACGGCUAGAAGAGCUAGAGCGUCAAUCUAAGCACGCACAGAGCGAAGCAGCCACUCAGGCCGAGGCAGCCCUGUCCGCAGAGCUUGCCAAGAAGACCGAAGAAGUCUCUCAAAAGCACUCGGAAGAGUUAGAACAACUCUCAACUCAACACGCUUCCCAGAUCGAGAACCUGACUAGAGAACAGGAGUCUGCAGUUCAGCGCUUACGCGAGGACCUCGAGGCCAAGAUUGCAGCGGCAGAAAAAGCCUUCGCGGAUAUGCAAGAGGAGACAGCUUCGUCAGAUGCCGCUCGUAAAGAAGAGAAUGCACAUGAGCUCGCAAAUGCUGUCGAACAAGCAAGAUCGACCGUAAAAACAGACUUCGAGUCUAGUAUUGCUACGUUAAAGGAAGAGCACGUUUCUACGCUGGCCAAGUUGGAGACAGAGAUCACGGAGAUCAAGGAAGCCAAGUUGGUCAUGAAAAACGAAUUGGACGAGUUAAUGUCUCGGAGCCAAGCGUUCACUGCCGAAAAACAGGCUUUAGAAGAACGACUUUCGAGUGACACUGAAGCGCUUAAAACGGAGCAUGCCUUGCAACUCGAACAAGAGUAUCAGCGAGCCAAAGAUGAGCUGAACGAAGCUCACAUCGACCAACUCAAGUCCUUCCGUCAAACAUCUCAAGAAUCCACCGAACAGUUGCUGCAAUCGCACCGAGCUGAACUAGAGGCUGUGCGGUCUGCCUUACUGUCCGACUUCGCGUCCGAGAAAGCUACCCUUGAAGCUGGGCUUGAGCAAGCAAAACUAGAACUUUCAGCGUUACAUUCCGAUCUCUCGUCUACUCAGAAGAGUAAGCAAGAACAAUCGGAUCAGAUCAAUCGAUUGACUGUCGACCUUGGGGCCGCCCGUGCUAUCCUAACGAAUCUAGAGGCAAAGGCGAACGAGCCUGUCAAAUCGGAAGAAUUGGAAGAGCUCCAGAAAGUUUUACAGAAAACCCAGCAAGAUGCCGAAGAACAAAGACUUCUAUUAGAAAAGAAUCAGCAAGAAUUAGUUGCCAAUUUCGAACACGCGCGCGAACUGCACUCCGGAGAAACUGCUAAGCACAUCGAAGAGAAAACCCUAUUGCAGAAGGAAUUGUCCAGCUUCAAAGAACGCCUUGAAUCAGGUGACGAAAGAAUUAAAAUGUCACAGGCUCUGGUGGAAGAACUCAGUCAAACGAUCGAACAAGAAAUGUGCAAGAAGGAAGAACUCGAAGCUCAAUUAAAAAAUCUACAAAAAUCUCCGGGAUCCAAAGCAGGCGACGCAACCAGUCACAAUACGAAUUUGAUCGAACUACACGAAGCGCAUAAUCUGAAGAUUCUAGAACUGACCAACGAGGUCGAAAAAUGGAAAGACAUCGCUGCGAAGAAGGAAGAGGAAGCGGACGAGAAACAGUUUAGAAUAAAGUUGUUGGAAGAAAUGAUCGAAAAAGAUGACGAUGAUGAGGAUGAUGAAGACAAGAAGAGUCGUAGUAAAGAAGAAGACGAUAAACAGGAACUGUUGAAUCUAAACUCGACUUUGGUCAACAAACGCGAGAUAGAUGAUGACGAUGAGCAACAUCAGGAGGAUCUCGACCAUCAUUCUAAGAUCCAAGCAGAAGAAUCUCCCGCCAACAACUACAGCCAAGACCUUUCAAUCAAGUUUGUCUCUUAA